AGUUGCAAAGAACCUUCUGACAUCUUUAAAAUGCGAGUCAAAGGAGGAAGACGAAGUUUGUUAGCGAAAGAGACCAAAAGGAUUUUACAGAAAGGGGAAGUAAGCUAUCAGAGAAGCUACGUACGAACUUUUGAAGGCUCGUUGGAUUACUUGCCUUCUUGUUCAGCUGUGAUCCUCACUCGUUUAGAUUCCCAAUUCCGUCGAUCGGGAACGGAAACAGAUGUCCUCCGACAUGGAAUCGUCGUCGGCGAUCGUUGCUCGUAGUCGCUUGGCUAUUCUGGCAGCGCACCUGAGCGCUGCUGCCACCUUUGAACCGCCGGAGAUGGCUUCGUCCCUCGUGGCUCAUUGCGUGUCAACUCGGACUACGGUUCCGCCGCCUGAAAUGUUGAAGGGUUCUUUGACGGUCGUUGAUGAGAGGACUGGGAAGAGGUACCAGAUCCAGAUAUCUGAAGAUGGCACAAUAAAGGCCAAUGACUUGAAGAAGAUAACUACAGGACCAAAUGACAAGGGGCUUAAGCUGUAUGAUCCCGGCUAUCUCAACACUGCUCCGGUUCGGUCAUCGAUCAGUUAUAUCGAUGGCGACGAGGGAAUUCUUAGGUACAGAGGCUACCCGAUCGAGGAACUGGCCGAGAGUAGUACCUUUGUGGAAGUUGCAUACCUCUUGAUGUAUGGGAAUUUGCCUUCUCAGAGUCAGUUGGAAGACUGGGAAUUUACUAUUUCUCAGCAUUCGGCCGUACCACAGGGACUUUUGGAUAUCAUUCAAUCAAUGCCUCAUGAUGCACAUCCCAUGGGUGUUCUUGUUAGUGCAAUGAGCGCGCUAUCUAUCUUUCAUCCAGAUGCCAACCCUGCCCUUAGAGGACAAGAUCUUUACAAGUCUAAGCAAGUGAGAGACAAACAAAUAGCACGAGUUAUAGGGAAGGCUCCCACCAUUGCAGCAGCAGCUUAUCUUAGACUGGCUGGAAGACCUCCAGUUCUUCCUUCCAGCAACCUUUCUUAUUCGGAGAAUUUUCUGUACAUGCUUGAUUCUUUGGGUAAUACGUCUUAUAAACCGAACCCUCGGCUAGCUCGAGUCAUAGACAUUCUAUUCAUCCUUCAUGCAGAACAUGAAAUGAACUGCUCUACAUCUGCUGCUCGUCAUCUAGCAUCAAGUGGUGUUGAUGUGUUCACUGCUCUUUCUGGAGCUGUCGGAGCACUGUAUGGCCCUCUUCAUGGUGGGGCCAAUGAGGCUGUGCUUAAAAUGUUGAGUGAGAUUGGAACUGUUGAGAACAUUCCAGGAUUCAUCGAGGGUGUUAAAAACAGGAAAAGGAAGAUGUCAGGCUUUGGGCAUAGGGUGUACAAGAACUAUGAUCCUAGAGCUAAGGUCAUAAGAAAACUUGCGGAAGAAGUAUUUUCCAUUGUCGGUCGGGACCCUCUCAUCGAGGUGGCUGUUGCUCUGGAGAAGACUGCUCUUUCAGAUGAGUAUUUUGUGAAGAGGAAGUUAUAUCCAAAUGUUGACUUUUACUCUGGAUUAAUAUAUAGGGCUAUGGGAUUUCCACCUGAGUUUUUCACAGUGCUGUUUGCAAUCCCUCGAAUGGCUGGAUACUUAGCACAUUGGCGAGAAUCCCUGGAUGAUCCUGACACUAAGAUAAUUAGACCCCAGCAGGUCUACACCGGGGAAUGGCUGCGUCAUUAUAUUCCACCCAAAGAACGUCUCCUACCAGCCAAAGCAGACAGGCUCGCUCAGGUUUCGGUUUCGAACGCGUCCAAGCGCCGACUGUCUGGAUCAGGGAUCUAGGCUAUUUGGAGAGAAUAAAACGAUGCAAGAUUCGCAAGGAAAACAAAACUUGUUGGUUGGUCCAAGCACUGCCUGAAUCUGAUGAACAAUGUUGGAUAGUAGAAUGUUAGAGAUAUAGAAGACAGAUAUUUCACAAAGAAUUAAGUUUCUUGUUUUACUGGGAUGGUGCAAUUGUUGUAACUUCCACUUCCAGCAGUUUGGAAGAACUUGUGUUGUACCCUUAUUAUAUUCUUCCUCAUUGUAAGAUGAAAAAAUGGGUUCUAAAAGCUCAUAUCCAAACCUCUCUUCUCAUACCC